ACUCGUCGUCCGGCGCCUCAGUGACACGACGCGCGGCUGCACCGUGAAGCUCGUGGAAGUGAAAAGUGCAAAAAGAGAGAGAAGAGCAUCUGGAAUUUAUCGCCUCUUGCAUAAUAAUAAUAAUAAUAAUAAUAAUAAUAAUAAUAACCGCACACGCGCGCGCGUCAGGUCCACAGCGCGCCCCGGUAAAGGGGAACCGGACAGGACCGUGGGGAGCCGAGCCGAGCCGCGUGGGGACGAGCCCCCGUCCUCCAGGAGAACCGUCCUGCAGCCCAAGAUCCUUGUGAACUUUGAAAACUUCUGCAUUCCGUGUUUGUGGAUCUCUGGGACUGUUUUUCUUUUUGGCACACUUUUACGCACGCCUGCGCAGCGACCCUGGGACUUCCCGGUAGAGUUGUACACGGCAGGAACCGGCGGGGGGUUGAUGCCUGGAGAGUUGCCCUGACGCACCGCGGGAGGGUUCACUCGCAGCAGCAGUGAAACCUCGAGUGGCGCUGCGGAGGUGACGCGAGGACGAGAACCGGAGCUGAGUCCGUGUCCGUCCAGAGAAUCCAGCGCGGACUCGAGUUUCAGCCGGUCCCGCGGGGGGCUCCGGGGUAUUAGAGCUUUGAAGGAUUUAGACCCGGGAUAAGUUGUCAACAAGCGGGAGGCGAACUGGCAGGUGGACAAGUUCAUCUACACGCAGACGUAUAUUCACGCCACUAUAUAUAGAAGUUGCGUUCGGGACGAGCAGCCUUAAUAAGUUCCUCCUGCAGCAGCACCGUGCACCGGGCGUGUGCGUGUGUCUAUAUAUAUAUAUCUAUCUAUAUAUAUAUAUAUACACGCACGCACACACACACACACACACACACACACACACACACACACCGUUGAUUCCGUCCGCGCGCUCUGUACCCGGGAGGGCCGCCCGCCGUCGGUUUGGCUGUGAGGGCGGGGGUCGUCGCAUGGACUGACAUGGCCACCGACCUCGCCAUGAGCGCGGAGCUGCCCAACAGCCCCCUGGCCAUCGAGUACGUCAACGACUUCGACCUGAUGAAGUUCGAGGUGAAGAAGGAGCCGCCGGAGGCCGAGCGCUACUGCCACCGGCUGCCGUCGGGCUCCCUGUCGUCCACGCCGAUCAGCACGCCCUGCUCCUCCGUGCCCUCGUCGCCCAGCUUCUGCGCCCCGAGCCCCGGCGCGCAGCCCAACACCCAGAGCCUCGGCGGCGGGGUCAACAGCGGCAGCAGCGGCGGCGGCAGCAGCAACAACAGCAGCGGCGGCGGCAACGGCCACGGCGGCGCUGGGAAGCCGCAGCUCGAGGACCUGUACUGGAUCCCCAGCUACCAGCACCACAUCAACCCCGAGGCGCUCAACCUGACCCCGGAGGACGCGGUGGAGGCGCUCAUCGGCAACGCGCACCACCACCACCACCACCACCAGGCCUACGAGGGCUUCCGCGGCGGGCAGCAGUACGUCGGCGAGGAUCUGUCCGCGGCCUCGGCGGCGCACCACCACCACCAGGGCCACCACCACCACCACCACCACCACGGGCACCACGCGCGCCUGGAGGACCGCUUCUCCGACGAGCAGCUGGUCAGCAUGACGGUGCGCGAGCUCAACCGGCAGCUGCGCGGCUUCAGCAAGGAGGAGGUGAUCCGCCUGAAGCAGAAGCGGCGCACGCUCAAGAACCGCGGCUACGCGCAGUCGUGCCGCUUCAAGCGCGUGCAGCAGCGGCACAUGCUGGAGACGGAGAAGUGCUCGCUGCAGAGCCAGGUGGAGCAGCUGAAGCAGGACGUGGCGCGCCUCGCCAAGGAGCGGGACGUUUACAAGGAGAAGUACGAGAAGCUCGCGGGCCGGACGUACCCGAGCGCGAGGGACGCGUCCGGCAAACAGGCACCCGGCGACUUCUUCAUGUGAGAGAGACACUGACGAGCCCCUCACGACCCCCCCACCCGAAACAUCCCCUCUGACAUGGACGUGUGUGUUGUUCUGCGUUUCUCAUUUGAAACCAGAACGAGCGGUGCAGAUGCGCACAGAAAUGAUCCUGGUGCGCAUUUCUUUGCUGUUUUUGGUUGAGUCUUAAAAGUGUCUGAUGUGGACACGUGACUGGUCUUAUACUUCAGAGAGGAGGAGAAGAAUUUGUCUUAAAACUUGGGGGAAGAAGAAGAAUGUUGUUUUUUUAAUUAUUAUUAUUAUAAUGACGAAUAUUAUUGAUUGAGAGCAACACGCGCGUGUGUGUGUGUUUGUGAGAGAGAGAAGAGACAUUUUCAAAAUAUUGCAAGUCGAUAAGUUUCCUCCCACGUUGCCACCCUGCAUGCAGGACAUGUAUGGUACCGGUCUUCUCCUCCCACGCGUAUUGGGAAGCAUGGCCCAUGGUUCUCCUCCUCCUCCUCCUCAUCCCUCCAUCCGUUGCCCCGUCCCCCCCCCCCAAAAAAAGAAGCGAAGGACUGAAACUGAAAAACAAUCUUCUGAACAACCGGACGCGUCGAUCAGCUGCUGGUUUCAAUCAACUUUUCUAUUAAUCUUAAAGAAGAAAAACGGGGGGAAAGGAAACUUUUGAAAAAAGAGAUUUAACUGAGCCACAUUUUAAGAGACUAGUAAUUUAUUUCCAAACCUGUACAUAAAUAAUGUGUCGAGAGACCACGUGUUUCUUUUCUUCUCUCUCUCUCUCUCUCCCUCUCUCUCUCUUUAACGCGUUCUUUUUUUUGUUAGUUGCUUGGAUUCUUCGACAAUGUCUUAAUACAACAAAACGAAAAAAAAGAAAAAAGAAAAUGUUUGUAUGUCUCAGCAUGCAAAUCGUCUCUUUCUCCUCCUCCUCUUCCUCCUCCUCCUCCUCUUCCUCUUCCUCCUCCUCCUCUUCCUCUUCCUCCUC